CAUUGGAAAUAAUAGGCUAAAUUGCAAUUAACAUUUUGUGAUGAUUUUGAUUUUGUCCUUUAAAAUUUCAAAUCAUAUGAUAUCUAGGAGCUAACCGAAAAAAAGAAAACGACAGGUCGUAUUGCAGAGACAGAGAGACAGGGAGAGCGAUGGAGGAAGACGAGGGUUCGGCGAGGAAGCUGAGCAUAUACAGAGCAGCGAGGAGCAUAAAGCGUAGAGAGAACACAGUGUACAACGCCUUGCGAUCCAUAUACGAGGACUCCAUCUUCGUGGGAGAGAUCUCCCAGCUAUGGCCGGACCUCCCUCUCCUCGCCAACCUUCGCUGUGGCCUCUGGUAUUCCCCUAAAUUUCACUCCACCUGUUACUUCAAAUCCACCGACGGCCACAACAACAACUGGUCUUUCAGCACCUCUCGCCUCAACCUCCACGUCGCUCUCCUCGCCGGACAGAAGGGAGGGUGUGUUAUCGUUGAUUCCACAAGGAGAGGGAAGCGGUUUCCGGAUAGCAUGUCAAAGACGAUACCCAUUUGGACUUGUGUUUUAAAUCGGUGCAUUCACAAUCAUUUGAACAAUAUGCGUGAUACUGGACAGAUGGAUAAGGAGUCAAAUACUUCUGAUCAACAUCAUGAAAGAACAAGAUGUGUCUCUGUUGAUUGGGAUUGCUCCUUGCAUCUUCCCCUCUGGGUUUCUGAAACAGAGAAGGCGUCUAUUGAGAGUCACAUAGAAGAAUGGACUAAACAACUGGAUGCAAGCGGUGCUGAUAUUGCAUCUCUAAUGACGUGCUUGAAAAAGCCCUUACGCCCACUAUGGAUUUCACAAAAAACUGUCAUCUGGUUAAAUGAAGUGCCUGACCAUGAUUCCUGGGAUUUCACACCCAUCAUACUUGUUUCUGCCUCUUCCUCAAGUGGUGUAAUUCAACACAAGUCUACAUCAGAGUAUAGCUGGAAUUAUAUACCGGGAGCUGGGGAUGAUGAAGAAAGCUGGGCAAAGGGUUUAUCACCUAAUCUUUUCUGGACUCACGUCUAUGAUCUUAUAAACUUGGGGCCUGAUUUGUGUAAUCAGAAAGUAGCAGAUAUAGUUGAAAAGGAUAGAGUAUAUCGUGCCCAAAGGGGACAAACUGCUUCUCAGGUCACAGUCAAGGCCCCAAAAUUGUUAAAGAGCUCAUAUCAUUUUUCACAAGAAGUGCCCCUACUGUUGGGUAUUUCAGACCUUGAAAUUAAUACGAAGUCUUCUGAUGAAGAUUGUGCAAUCUCUUGGCUGGGUUCAACAAAUCUUGCAGUUGGCACAUCCCAAGUUGGUAUGCUUUAUUAACACUCUUUAUUAUUU